AUGCUGUGGUUAUAUUUAAUUGUGUCAUUGAGUGUUAUUCGCACUGGUUUGUCGAUCAACAGGCCUGUGUAUAAAAUUGUGCUCAAACAAAAAGGAUAUGCGCAGUUUCUGCAAUACGACAUUGAGACUCCCCCGCUGAGAGAAUUCACUAUAUGCACUUGGAUCCGUGUGUACGAACUGAGUGGAGACCAGAGCAUAUUCACAUAUGUCGCGAAUGGCAACAACCGUGUUGUAAGGUUGUGGUUGGACUCAGGAGGGAAGCACAUUAACGUGUCGAUCAAUGGCAAGGUGACGUCCAGUACAGCUGUGGACAUCACGAAGGACGUUUGGCGGCACAUCUGUUUGUCCUACCAAGCGGACUUCGGAGCGUGGGCACUCUACGUCGACUCCCGCCUCCUCUCCUGCCAGGCAUCACAGAGCCUCCUUGGAUACAUAUUACCCCAUGGUGGCAGCGUGAUUAUUGGAUAUGGAACAGCAGAAAAUGGUUCACCUAAUGGAUUGGAAGGCGAAAUAUUUGGAAUGAACAUGAUAUUGGCGUCCACUAUAGAAAGAAAUUACACUAUACGCAAUGACCCUCACUACGCACAAAAAAAGUUUCGUCAAAACAAAAUGAAAAGUAGCAGCCCUCACUUGAACUAUAUUGUUUUAAGCGAUUUACAAACUGGUGAACUUAAAAAUAAUUUUGAAACUACGCAAGUACCAACAACAAAUGCUACAAAAAGUUUCAUACGAUUUAGAACACCACAUAGCUUUGUUGAUCACGCUGUUGGAUUAGAUGUUACUACAAAAAGUACUCCUGUAUCAAUCGUACCUAAAGAUUUGUUGGGAUUCCCAGAUAAAACUGAACAACCAGAUGGUUUAACUUUUUGGAAUUUAAGUGAAUAUGAGCACACCGGCAAAUACAAUAUUCCAGAUAAACCCAAGGGCCCAAACAAUGGAUCUAGCACCAUAUUUCCAAUUAUGUUAUCCGAGUUUGAAACACCGCCACCACCACCGUCAAAAUUCACGUAUUUUGCAACAACAUUGGAAAAGGAAAUAUCUCCCGGAACAAGUCAGAAAUUUAGAGCAGUUACAGAGCCCAACAAACCUACAGUUAAUAAAAGAAUUCCGGCCGAGAUAUCUGAAAUGGAGACCCCGCCACCCUUAGAGAGGAAUCCUAAAGUUUAUGGUCAAUGGACUAGUUCAAAAUUCGCUGGCAGCGUAUUAAAUUAUCUUAAAAAUAUUCAACAGCGAACUAGAGAACAGAAAAAAGUUCCGCAGACUAUCCCAUUGUCUAAACUAUCCGAUAGCUUCCCUUAUGCCUCUGAUUUUAAAGUAAAUAAAAUUCGGCCACCAUUUCAAUUCCAGCGUAGGAAUUUAGUUGAAAAGCAAUUUGAUACGAAUAAAAGAAGUCCUCAAAUUAACGUACAGAUAUUGGAAGACGAUUUAAGACAUCAAAUUAUAAAAACACAUGCACAAACUCAACCUAAACAGGUUGAAAUCACACACAGAGGAGUACGAACGAGGAAACAUGAACGGAGGUUUUACAGAAACGCUGAAGUUCAAGAGAGUGGUGAAAGUCUUGAGAGCGCUGAAAAUAUUCAGUCUCCAAAACUGUUAAAUAAAGAAAAACAAAAAAUUCAGCAGACUUAACUUUACAAACAAAUAAAUUAUUGUCCAUUCUUCCAUUUUUGAAGUCGUUAGAGUACUUUGUCGAAAAUGCUGGUAGCCCAUCUAAUGAAGAUAAGACUGACAUGUAUACCAGAAGUUUAUCUGCUGGUAACAAAUGGCAUAAUGUUAAAUCCUAUAGUAACGACUAUACACCGCGUGAAGUAAAAAUUGACCCUCUAAGUGGACAGAGUGCUAUCGAUGAAAAAAUUGCAGAAGUGAACAAAAGGCAUCCAGGUGUUCGGCAUAAUUACAAACACGAAAACCGUAACCUUCUACCGCAUAAAGAGGACCCAACUUUGUUAAAAGGUCGAGCACUAGCUGCAGAAGUAUCCAAUCAAUCGGAUUACAACAAAGAUUCCAUUUCAAUAUUAAAAUAUAACCACGGAUUUUUGCCUGGACACAAUAAAAAAAUCAAAAUGGCCGAAAAGCACCACUUAGUGAAAGGAAAAACUCACAACAGUCGGAAAAACAAUUUUAACAAGCACAUUAAAAUAGGGAACGCAUUAAAUGAACGUCACAUCAUUGGUGCUAACGCUGAGGAAAAUAAACAAAGCUUUGUUGGUGGACACGAGAAUAUACCAGAUAUUAACAAAUAUAGAUCCGAGUCUGAUUACACGGGUUCAACAGUUCCAGGGUCUUUGGGGCCGAGAAUAUGCAAAAAUGUGGAAUUGUACGACCGUGUAUUGUACGUACAGACUGACGGGAGUAUCGACAUGACACACAUAUUGUCUCCAGUCAGAAUGAAGAAUAUUGGUAUAGAAUUUAUUAUGCAAAAUUACAAAAAGUGUUCGCUGCAGGAAUCUGAUUUGCAGCGCAACCCAAUGCUGUUUAUAGAUUGGAGUAGAACCCCGGUCAGAUUAUUUGGUGGUUCUUUUCCGAAAACCACAACAGAUCUCUGCGGGUUUUUCUAA